GGCUUUGGAAGAGUCCAUACCGAUUCUGCGUGUCUCCUCCCAACAUGGACACUCUGACGCCGACGUGGCCCAAAAUGCGUGGCAAACAGGCAUCGCAGUACACCGCGCGCCAAAGAGAGAGCGAAACAUCGCAGCCGCCUCAGUGCGGCGCAUCCUGUUCUGAACGGUUGCGAGGUGCACACGAUUCGCUCACCAGCCCGUCAGCGGCCUGGGCCGCGCGCGAGCGGGAUUAAAAAUGUCGCUCUCGCCCAGGGGGGCGCCAGGCAGCGCUGGGGCCUGAAAGUGGUACUCCCCGGCUUGGCGCGGCGCGCUCCGAGGCAGCCGACUCGUGUCGCGGGCGCGCAAGCAUGGAUAAGUUCCGAGCGUCCAGUUCUUGCACGUGCAUGCCAGAGCACGGCGUGCACAGCGCGGAUGUGAAUGUCCUCAGGUUCGGGGGCGCAAAGGCAGCAUCUGUUGGUCAGCGGCGAGGUGGGUCCAGCCGGCGGCCGACAAAAAGACGGCGGGGCGCCUCCGCUGCGAAGCGAGGCCGCGGCAGGGCUGCACGCGGGCGAGGGGCGCAGGCAAGUGGUGACAAGAGAAGGCCGCGGGGCGGCCAACGAAAAGCCUCAGAUCGCUGACGCUCACGGCGCGGCCGGCUUGCACAGAGGAUGCGCAGGCGAUGCCAUCGAGUGGCCCACUGAGAUGAUAUGUUGCUCCCACCGACCCCAUCCCAGAAAGAACGGCCCACCAACCACCCGCGCAUGUGCCGCCGCUCGCGCCUCGGUGGGUCUGCCGCGGACCCAAUCGCAGGCGGCGGGCGCGCGCCCCGCGGCCACGGGCUCGUCCACGCCGCGCUUCGAGGCGCCGGCACGGGGAGAGGCCCUCGUCCUCAUCCCCAGGCCCGCCGCUCGGUCGCAGGAGGAGGGGACGGAGGAGGAGGAGGAGGUGACGCAGGUCAGGGCUGGCCAGGGCCCCGAUAUGGAUCGUGCUGCUGCAGGUCCUCCAGGUCCACCAGCGCCCCUUUCCCGCCCUGGGAACGCGGUGCGUCAGAAGGAAGCGGCCACGGUGAAAAGCGAACGGCAGCAGCGCUCGGGGGCGGCGGGAGGUUGCGAUGCAACCAGGUGCGAGGGUUAACUUCGCACUGGAGGAGCGAGCGUGAUCGAAAAUUCCCCCCUCCCCGCCCCUCUGGAGACUCCGCCGCGGUGUUGCGCGGCGGGACGGGCGCACUCGCGAGCCGACUGCCAUCGUGCAAACUCGACGCCCCCGCCGUCGGCUUCGGCGUCCCUGGCCUGGCAAACGAGGGGAGGCAGGAAGGUGACAACGAACUGUGAAUCAGGAGCAACGAGCAGGUGGCGGCAGUCGGCGCCUGCGGAGCGACCAGGGUCGGCGGCGGGCCGAUGGGGGAGGUGGCUCGCGCGGGCGCGGGGCGUGCUGUGGUACGGCAGGCAGGCAGGCGAGGCGGGGCCCCCCGCCAAUGCAGUGGGCCCGCUGUCUUGUCUUUCGCUAUCGUUUCCCAGGGCGUCGGGAGGGCGGGCCCGUCACCGCAGUUGCCCA